GUUUUGCUCUACUUGUUCACUCUUAAGUAUCAAACCUCACUUGCAUUGCAUCUGUGUUUUUUCAGUCUUAUGAUUUACCAGACAGAAGAAUCCUUUGUCUGCAAUCUCCUAGUGUAGUUUUCUCGGGAGGUGAUCUUCUUACUGUAACCAAUGGAAACCCUAGAAGAACCAGAAGAAUCCACUCAAAAGGAAGAGGAAAACUUGGGAUGGAUGAAGCUUUUAUAGGAAGUAAUUUCCUCAUGUUUGAAGUUCACAGACUCCUAAGGAGCGCAAAAGGUUGAAAGAGUAGGUACAAUGAGCCAUGCAUUCCCCUUGUCUCCUAUUCAAUGUUCAAUAAGGCGGAGGCAGCCGCCUAGGCGGGGCCCAAACCCAAAACGCAGCUGCGGUCUUGAUAUGCGCGAGGCCUUGAAGCCUUGGAUUUGUCGGGCCAACUGGCUUGGCCAGGUUACUGAAAAGAAAACAGGAACAGUGAACUGGGGUACAGCAACAGUAGUUGGAGUGGUCGCAGGCUUGCUCUAUGGCGGUAGCAAGGAGGCUGUCGCAUCGGUGAGCAAAGAUGCAGAAGUGAUGCUGAAGCUUGGUAGCACCCCUGACAAGCGAGAACAGUACAGGCUGAUGAGGGAUGCAAUGGAGAAGAGGUUCAUCCGUGUCACACGAGGGUCCAUUGUGGGUGGCGUUCGCCUUGGAAUGUUCACGGCGACAUUUAUUGGGUUGCAAAACGUCAUAGCCGAGAGACGUGGGGUGCACGAUGUCUUGAAUGUUGCUGUAGCUGGCUCAGCGACUGCUGCAAGUUUUGGCCUCAUAUUGCCAGGAUCUCUAAUGUGGCGUGCUAGGAAUGCCUUGAUGGGUUCGUUUCUGGGGGCAGCCUUCUGUUUUCCUCUAGGUUGGGUUCAGCUGAAGCUCAUUGAGAAGGCAAAUGAAACCUCCGAGUUACAAGAAAGUGGUGAAUUGAGAGGCAGUGGUGGGGUUGGGGCUGCGAUUGAGAGACUCGAAAGCAAUCUAAAUAAACAGAAAAACAAAUAAGACUCUGUGGAAAUGGAAUAACAGAAGUGCCUAAGUGAAAUAUGCAAAGAGGCCCUACAGCAUGGAAACCCACCCAUCUCACCUCCAUGAGUGCAUAUGCAUUAAGCAUGUGGUUAUUAGCUCUCAUCUUGAAUGAACAGAGGGUGAGAUAGGUGAGUGGAUGAUUUUUCCGAGCCCUGUGAGACAUGUGAUAUAAUCUUGGCUUUUCACUCGUACAAAACUAUAUAUAGGGUUUUUUCGGAGCCCAACUGCUCAAGCAUUUCAUUUUGUUGCAGUUGAGUAUUGUGAACCCUUCUAUGCUUUCCUGAGGAACUGCUUUUUCCUUUCAAAUUUUAUGUUGGUAUGGGGCUUGGAUAAAAAUGUACUGUUUAGCCACAAUUUUGGAGCCUUGUACUCAAGUAAACCGACUAAGAAGCUCUUAUUUGAUGAGAGCAAACAUAGAAUUUCAUCAACCGCAGCUUGGUAAUAUAUUCUGGGAAAAUUGAGAAAAUGGUGGAGAAUUUCUGUA